UCCCUGGAUUACUAACCCAAGUUUCCAGAGCACACACUCUCUCUCUCUCUCCUCUCUCUUACUCUCUUUCUCUCUCAAACAAAGCCAAAGCCAAAUCAAUAAAGAGGAUAAGUCAAAGAUAUAAUUGAUCACUGACCGGAGAGAGAUCGGACGGUAAAGAUGAGCUGCAAUGGUUGCCGAGUCCUCCGAAAGGGGUGCAGUGAGACAUGCAUACUGAGGUCGUGCCUCCGUUUGAUCGAUUGUCCCGAAUCCCAAGGCAACGCCACCUUGUUCCUCGCCAAGUUUUUCGGCCGCAGCGAUCUCUUGUCCUUCAUCUCCGCCGUGCCUGAAAAUCAACGCCCUGCUCUUUUUCAGUCUCUGCUUUUCGAAGCAUGCGGCCGUACGGUGAAUCCGGUGAGCGGAGCGGUGGGGCUUCUGUCAAGCGGGAACUGGCACGUGUGCCACGCGGCGGUCCAGGCGGUGUUAUCCGGCGGCGUUUUAAGGCCGUUACCGGCGAUUUCGACGCCAAAGCUGGAAGAAUCCUCCGUCACUUUCGAUAGAGGCGCAUGCGGAAUACAAGACCUCCACUACACAUCCGUACCGUCCAUGUUCUACGACGACGUGGAACGUAGCCAGCCGUUGGAUGUGGCGCUGUCGCUGAAGCCGAAUCUCGCGGCCGCGGCGGCCGGUGGAAGAGGACGAGCGAGGGGGAGGAGUUGCGCGAUCGAGCGAUCAAUGAGAGAUACGGUGUCGUUUAAUUCCGAAGAUUCGAUCAUGACUACGAGCGCCGGCGGUGGUGAUUCGAACGGCGAUCGCAAGCUUCUGAAUCUUUUUGUUUGAGCAACUCAGAUUCUGUGGAAAGCUAUAACGUCAUCAUAUAUAGAGUGAGAGAGAGAGAGAGAGUUAUUUUGUUGAGCUAUGAUAACAGUGGUUAAUCAAACUGGUAAGGUCUAGAAGAGAGUAAUGUAAUAAGAGGGAAAAUGGUAAUCGGAGCCCUUCAGUUUUCUUUUUCUUUUUUUUGGUUGAAUUUUCCGGUGAAACUCUCUCUUCAAUUUUUAUUUUCAACUUUUUUCGUUUAUUUUACGUUGGGAGUUGUUGAUAA